GGAAGGAAUGCUUAGCGUUGCUCUGUGUCCUGUAGGAUGGUGUAUGAUGGCAUUCCUCAGGAGCAGGUUGGAGAUACCAGGCAGACAGGUGGUGUCACACCUCUACCUGCUGUGCCAUCAGAUGCUCUCGCAGACUGGCAGCGAAUUGGAGUGUACCAUGUUGAAAAACCAAGGAUAAUAAUGUGUGGGCAUGCUGUCACACUUUGUGAGGAUCAGUUACGAAAGUUCUGGAAACCAGCACCUCCAAAAUUUUGUUGUGCUCCAGCUACUGUAAGAGACAUUCUCUUCCCCAAAUAUCAGGUUACUCGACCUGGUCUGUCUAUUAAUAAUAAUUUGGAUAGUCUGCAGACUGUGUUAGAAACAGAUAAUGUUCAGAUGAACAUGGAGCAAAACUUUUUUCUGAAAAAUAUUCUAUCUAGAAAGCACAAGUCUCUGAUGGACCUGCGAGCAGAAGAUAUGAACUUACAAUCUUCACAAGAAAUCUGCUUUCAAGAAGAGCUUCGGGUGAGCCGGCCUUUCUCUGCUCCACAAUUAACCACAAACCCUGAGCUGUCACUAAGGCUGCAGUCUGACUUUGCCACCAUCAACAGAGAGUUAGAGCUGCAGGAGGCUUUUGGCAGACCUGGCUCACCAGAACAGCUCAGUGUGGAGCGGAGCCAUGGUAUAUUAUGGUCUCACACAACCCGAGGCAGAAUGGUCCCAAGAGAUCGUUCCAUGAAGAGUAGAGUUGGCAAAUGCGCAAGCCACAAAGGAGAGAAGGGACUCGGUUGCUCUAAGCUAACAUACAUUCUUCAGAAACUGAAGGAGCAUCCACAGACUCUAUUCAGGAGUCGUUCUAUGUUUGAGCUGCCUCAGAAACUUAAAGGCUCAACUCUCCCCCGGUCCCAGAGCCUGCCUCUGCUUCUAGACUUUGUGAGCUUUGCUGUAAAGCAGUAUGGAAUUGCUGACAAUCUGCCCUCUCAAGAGUGGGUUAGGGACAUUAAGAAUGCCCAGUUUGAGGAGAUAUCCCCUGUUAUAGAGAAAAGCAGAACCAAGAAUGCCCGGGAAGUCAUUACAGCAUCUAUUAUUUCCAGUGAUCAGCAGGACAAUCAAAAUUUGGAGGAUUCGGACAUGGUUGAUCUACCUGAGACUCUUGAUGAUGGCCUUACCCCUGAUGAUUUGGAAAAAAUGGUGUCCCAAUUGACCCACACUAUACAUGAACAUAAGAGGAACAAUCCUUUUGACCUGUGUCGCAGAGGAGCGCUCUAUAAAAAACUUGGUCAUCUCAACCAAGCUCUUGAAGAUCUUAAUGACGCCAUACUGCUGGAACCUAAUUUACUGGAUGCUUACUGGCACAGACACAGUAUCUAUCUGCUGAGAAAUGUCACUGACAGUGCUCUGAGUGAUCUCAACUUCAUCAUUAAGCACAACAAGAACCAUGCAGAUGCCUAUAUGUCAAGAGCAGAGAUUUAUAGAAUGAAAAACAAUGCCACCCAGGCCAUACUCAACUACACCCAGGCCAUCAGAUGCAAACCAGAUGAUGCUGAGACCUACUUUAAAAGGGCUAAGAUGUAUGAGAAGAUUGGGGAAACCCUUUUAGCCAUGGAGGAUUAUGCUGAAACAUUUGCCAUUAACCCAGCAAGGACGGAUGCACUAAUGAUUCAUGGCCUACAUUAUUUCCACACUGCCAGCUGGAGGGUGGCACUGGAAGAUUUCUCCCUACUGUUGAAGCAGGAACCUAGAAAUGCCAGAGCAAGGACCUACAGAGGAAUUAUUUUUACCAAACUUAAAUACUAUCAAAAGGCCAUUGAGGACUUUUCUUUGGCUCUGCACUUGGAUCCCACUGACUGGCAAGCAUUUUACUACCGUGGCUGUCUGUUGAGGAAGAUAAUACCUGAUAUGGCCUUAAGAGACCUCAGUAUUUCUGUGCUUAUCCGUGAUGGUUCAAAAAACAUUGGAGCAUUUUUUCAUCGUGGUCUGAUUUACACAGAGCGCAGGCAGUGGCAGCAAGCAGUGGCUGACUUUAAAGCUGUGAUCAAAAUUGACAGGACUGUUGCAGCAGCCUAUAUUAACCUGGGACUUAUCUAUAUGCAGAAGAUGGAGCAGAAUUAUGAUGCAAUAAAAAUGUUUAGCAAUGCUUUAAAGUUGGAUCCCACAUAUAUAAAAGGCUAUAUAUGCCGUGCCAAAGCUUACUGGAAUGUAAAGGAUUUGGAGAGAGCAUUAAAAGACUUGACUAGAGCUAUUCACAUGAGGCCAGAUGCUCAACAUCUACACAUCAUGAGAGGCCAGUAUUUGUGUGAUAUGGAACAGUUUGACCUAGCCACCUUCUGUAUACAGUAUACAGCAGAGAUGAAUAAAGCAUUGGGCUUGUCUUUGGUCCAGCAGGCAGCCUGCCAGUCUUUCUUAGGGAACAAUGCCAAAGCUACUGCCUGUCUAGUGGCAGCCGCCAGUACCCGGCCCUCUUCUCGGAUCUUUAUCAUGUUAGGAAAAAUACAGAUAAAAGAAGAAAGGUUUACGGAAGCAGUGGACAGUUUUAGGAAAGGCCUGUCUUAUCUGAGCCCCAGUAAAACAAAACUUUCUAAUAUGCCUGAUGCUUCUGAGCUCUUCUACCUCACUGGCCUGUGUCUCAUGGCUCAGGGUGAAGACUCUCUCCUGCCUCAGGCUCUGGAUGCUUUCAGUAAUGCUGUAAAGAUGAACCCAGAAAAUGCUGAUGCCUACUACCAAAGAGGCCUCUGCCGCAUGCGCCUACAAUACUCCAAGAGUGUGGAGGACUUUGACAGAGCACUAUUCAUCAACCCAGACUUCUUCCAGGUGUAUUUGAGCCUAGCAUCUUUUUAUGGAUCUAAAGGACAAUAUUCAAAGGCAGUUCUUAACUGUAACGAAGCUAUCAGGAUCCAACCAAAAAGUGUUAGAGCCCUCUUGUAUAGAGGAGCUCUUAAAUUCUAUUUGAAGAUGUAUAAAGGGGCACUGAAGGAUCUGACCACUGCAAUAGAAAUUGAUAACACAUGCUCUUUUGCCCACUACAACCGUGGAGUAUGUUACCAACAGCUGCAGGAAUAUGAACUGGCUCUUCAAGACUAUAGCACUGUGCUUCAUCUUCCUAGUCAGAAAGAGAUUAACUUCAGAGUGCUGAUAAACCGUGCUUUGGUAUAUGUGGACCUCAGUGACCAUUACAGUGCCCUUCAGGAUUUUAAAGCUGCUUCCAAGAAAGCUGAUGCCAUUGAACCUCCACUGGAUGCCACUAUCUACCAUGCACUGGGAGUCUGUUACCACAGGUUGGGACAGCUGCAGGAAGCAGUGGAUGCCUACAAUGAGGCUUUGACACUUAACCCCUUUUUGCUGGAUGCCUACAUAGGACGUGGUAAUGUCUUUGUGGACUAUAGCCAUGUUGACACCAACAAACAGGCCCAGAGAGACUUCCUCACUGCUCUGCAUCUCAAUCCUCUCUGUUUCAGUGCCCGUAUAGGGCUGGCUUACAAAUUACAGGUUUUGGGACAGUUUCAAAGAGCCUGGAAUCAGUUCACUGUGGCUAUUAAGGUUAAUUCAAAGUGUUGGUCUGCAUAUGAGGGAAGAGCUAUUGUCAAUCUACAGAUGGGCAACAAUUUUGCAGCUUUUCAAGACAUCAAUAAUGCUUUGAAGUGCAGUCCACACUCAGACCAGCUUCUUACUAACCGAGGUGUGAUCAACCAGUUUAUGGGAGAUAAAGCCAGUGCCAUGAGGGAUUAUCAGAAUGCCAUUUCUCUCAAUCCCAGAUGCACGGUUUCUUUCUUCAAUGCCGCUAACCUCUUUUUCUACAACAGACAGUUUGAACAGGCAUGUGAGUACUACAGCAGGGCGAUUGAGCUGGAUCGAAAUGAUGAGUCUGCCCUCCUAAACCGAGCCAUCACUCAUGCAAUGCUACGCAAAAUUCCAGAGGCUCUACAAGACUUUAGCAACGCUCUCCGCCUUAAUCCUCAUUCAGCUCAUGCCUACUUUAACAGAGCUAACCUGUACGGCUCCCUCAAGAAGUACAAAUUAGCAGAGAUGGACUUUACACAAGCUCUUCAGCUUCAGCCUGAUGAUGCUCUGCUUUAUAAGCUUAGGGCAGAUGUGCGUGGCUAUCUAGGACUAAUAGAACAGGCAGUCCAGGACUACAGAACUGCACUGGACCUCCAGGAAACUAUGCAGCAUCCUUAGACAGUUAUUAAAAG